CAGCCAAUCACAGGAGAGCACACCAGGUCUCCAUGGUGACCGCAGAUUGUUUGGGGAACGGCAGCCUCGGUGUCACACUUCCUGUUUGUUGUUUCCAGCUGGAGAUCAGAACAUUAGAGAGACGUGAUGGCGGGGACGUCGAGACACGAUCGAGAGAUGGCGAUGAACGCCAAGCGCCAAUUGUCAGAGUGCUCGGACCCAGUGGAGAGACUCAGGCUGCAGUGUCUGGCCCGAGGAUCAUCUGGUAUCAAAGGUUUGGGCAGAACCUUUAAAAUAAUGGACGACGACAACAACCGCUCCCUGGAGCUGAAGGAGUUCCUAAAGGGUUUGAACGACUUCGGGAUCCUGAUCGAGAAACAAGAGGCCACGGCUCUCUUUCAGCGAUUCGACCGCGACGGGAACGGGACCAUUGACUUCGACGAGUUCCUCAUCACUCUGAGGCCGCAGAUGUCUAAAGCCAGGAAGGAGGUGGUCAUGCAGGCAUUUCGGAAGCUGGAUAAGACAGGUGACGGGGUGAUCACCAUCGAAGACCUGCGGGGGGUUUAUAACGCCAAGUACCACCCGAAGUACCAGAACGGGGAGUGGACAGAGGAUCAAGUCUUCAGGAAGUUCCUGGACAGCUUUGACUCUCCAUACGACAAAGAUGGAAAGGUGACCCAGGAGGAGUUUAUGAAUUAUUAUGCUGGUGUGAGCGCGUCCAUCGACACAGACGUCUACUUUAUUGUGAUGAUGAGAAAUGCCUGGAAACUCUGACUGAGCAUCGUUCUGGUGACUCAAGAGGAGUUUGUCAACUAUUACUGCGGAGUCAGCGCCUCCAUCGACAGUGACGUCUACUUUAUUCUGAUGAUGAAAAACGCCUGGAGGCUCUGAACACAAAGGACACUGACGAACUGUUCAGCUCCUCCCAGCUGUAAAUCACUGUUAGAUCAUUCUCUGCAUGACGUUAGCACCGUAGUUUAAAGGCAGAUCAUCAUCAGGUCUGAUGUGUUGUAGAUGAUCACAGGGCGACAGCAUCACUUCUUAACUGUUCUGUUUUAUUACAUGCAACACCGUCAGCUCUGUUUAAAUAAAGAACAUGUUGUACAAUCAGACGUUAUGGUGUAGUACACACAGCUGAAAUAUUACAAUCAGACCAGAGAGGAAAUAAAGUGUACAUUCUG